AUGGAAGCUUUCGGCGGUUACUUGGUCGAUGAGAAAGCCGUUAGGGUUGAGAACGCUUUCUUAGAUUUCCUCAAAAGUUUUAGAACUGGACAACGGAAUGAACUAUAUUACGAAGCGGAGAUUGAAGUGAUGAGAGCUAACGAGUCCAACACCAUGUUCAUUGAUUUCGAGCAUGUCAUCAGAUUCAGCGAUCUUCUUCAGAAAGCUGUCUCCGAUGAAUAUUUGAGGUUUGAACCUUAUUUGCAGAAUGCCUGCAAGAGGUUUGUUAUGGAGCUCAAGCCAACCUUUAUAUCUGACGAUAACCCUAACAAGGAUAUCAAUGUUGCCUUCUAUAACAUUCCAAUUGUCAAGAGGUUAAGAGAGUUGGCUACAUCAGAGAUUGGAAGGCUUGUAUCUGUAACAGGAGUGGUAACAAGGACAAGUGAGGUUCGACCAGAGCUUCUCCAAGGGACUUUCAAGUGUCUAGAAUGUGGUGGGGUUAUAAAGAAUGUUGAACAGCAGUUCAAGUAUACUGAGCCAACAAUCUGUCCCAAUGCCACCUGUAACAAUAGGACAAGGUGGGCUCUGCUGCGCCAAGAGAGCAAAUUUACUGAUUGGCAAAGGGUCAGAAUGCAGGAGACUUCCAAAGAGAUACCCGCGGGCUCUUUGCCUAGGUCAUUGGAUGUUAUUCUCCGUCAUGAGAUUGUGGAACAUGCAAGGGCCGGUGACACAGUGAUUUUUACUGGCACUGUAAUUGUCAUACCGGAUAUAUUGGCAUUGGCAUCCCCUGGUGAGAGAUCAGAAUGUCGCAGGGAAGCUUCUCAACGCAAGGGUUCUUCAUCUGGAAAUGAAGGUGUGAGGGGCCUUAGGGCUUUGGGAGUCAGAGACCUCUCCUAUCGUCUGGCUUUUAUUGCCAACUCUGUUCAGAUUUGUGAUGGUAGAAGAGAAAUAGACAUCAGGAAUAGGAAGAAGGAUUCAGAGGAAGAUGAUCUGCAAUUUUCUCAACAGGAAAUGGAUGAAGUUCAACGAAUGAGGAACACCCCAGAUUUCUUCACAAAACUUGUUGAGAGUGUUGCUCCUACUAUUUUUGGUCAUCAAGAUAUAAAGCGAGCAAUCCUUCUUAUGCUUAUGAGUGGGGUCCAUAAAUCUACUCAUGAAGGCAUCAGCCUUAGAGGAGACAUAAAUGUUUGUAUUGUUGGAGAUCCUAGCUGUGCAAAGUCUCAAUUUCUCAAGUAUACUUCAAGCAUUGUUCCAAGAUCUGUGUAUACAUCUGGUAAAUCAUCAUCUGCUGCUGGUUUGACUGCAACUGUUGCCAAGGAACCAGAAACUGGAGAGUUUUGUAUUGAGGCUGGUGCUUUGAUGCUUGCUGACAAUGGUAUUUGCUGCAUUGAUGAAUUUGACAAGAUGGACAUAAGAGAUCAGGUUGCAAUUCACGAGGCUAUGGAACAACAAACUAUUAGUAUCACUAAAGCAGGAAUACAAGCAACACUCAAUGCUCGUACUUCCAUUCUUGCUGCUGCCAACCCUGCUGGAGGACGGUACGAUAAGUCUAAGCCGCUGAAGUACAAUGUGGCUCUUCCACCGGCUAUACUCUCAAGGUUUGAUCUUGUAUACAUUAUGAUUGAUGACCCGGACGAUAAUACAGAUUACCACAUAGCUUCUCACAUUGUGCGGGUUCAUCAAAAGCGUGAAGAUGCUCUUGCUCCAACGUUCACUACAGCAGAACUCAAGCGUUAUAUAGCCUAUGCAAAGACUCUUAAACCAAAGCUAACAUCAGAUGCAAGAAAACUACUGGUAGACUCUUAUGUUGCUCUCCGUAGGGCUGAUACAAAUCCUGGAAGUAGGGUUGCAUAUCGUAUGACAGUUAGGCAGUUGGAGGCUUUAAUCAGGCUGUCGGAGGCCAUUGCACGGUGUCACUUGGAUAAUCAGGUACAACCUCGCCAUGUUCGUUUAGCAGUAAAACUGCUUCAAACAUCUAUAAUAAGAGUGGAGUCCAGUGAGAUUGAUCUAUCUGAGUUUCAAGAUCAAGAUAGGGAGGAAGAAGCAGGCAGCGGUGAUGGAAAUAAUAAUAAUAACGAUGCUGAUGGAACUAACGGUGAUAAUGAAAAAGCAGCGGAAGAAUCUAACCCCCAAAGAAAGAAAUCAACUGUAACUGAUGAAUACUUUCAGAGGAUUACCAAGGCCCUUGUCAUGCGUCUCAGACAACAUGAGGAGACCGUUGUGCAACAAGGAAGUGACUUGGCUGGGAUGAGGCAACGAGAUUUGAUUAAAUGGUAUGUAGACCAGCAGAAUGAGAAAAAUAACUACAGUUCCGUAGAGGAGGCGAAAACUGAAGUUUCCCAAAUUAAAGCAAUUAUAGAGAUUUUAAUUCGAAGAGAGGGGCAUUUGAUAGUGGUAGAUGAUGGGAGACAAGCAGCAGAAGAGGCUGCUGGUGCAGAACAAACAGAGUCUGCAGCUAGAAAUGAUAGAAUUUUGGCUGUAGCUCCUAAUUAUGUCAUUGACUGA